UAAACAAAGCAAAAUGCAGAACAGCUUCAGUACUAAAGCAAGAUGUAGAUCAGCAGCUUACAAAGCUGCAUCAUCAUCAUCAUCAGGAGUACUGCAACCUCUCCACGUUUUACGCGAUUUUUGGAAAGAAGAAGGUGUCUCCCCGAUUGAUAAUCGGGGUGACACCAUCCUUCACUUUCUUGCUGUUAGUGGCAAUGUGGCUGGUUUCGAUAUUCUUGAACCUAAUUUGAGUGUUAAAGAUCUCGAAACUAGGAACAAUAGUGGAGAUACACCGUUGCACGAAGCUGCUAGAUUUGGUAAAAAAGAUAUGGUGGAGAGGAUUUUGAGAGUUGAGAAGGACUUAGUUUAUAUGCAAAACAAUUUAGGAGAGACACCACUUUAUGUUGCAGCUGCAAGUGGGGAGAAAGAUGUAUUUACUAUUUUGGCAAAUUGUGAUUUUAGUAAGCUCACAAUGAAGAGGAAUGAUGGUAAAACUAUCCUUCAUGCAACAAUAUUCCAUGAUUGUUAUGAACUAGCAAUAGAUAUAGUGAAUUUGUAUCCUGAACUUGUUAAUGAUCGCUAUAAUGAUUGUAUGACUGCUUUGGAUAUGUUGGCUACAAAAAGAUUGUCAUUCAGGAGUGGAUCCAACUACUUAUUUGCAGAAAUAGGCAAAACACCUUCUGUUCCUGUUCAGAUGAUUGAAACCAUCAUCUAUUCUUCAGGUAUUCCACCGCGAUAUAAAGAAUCAAAACUUAGUGAUAACCAGACACAAGCUGGGACUAAGGUUGUCUGCGUUGAGAGGUUGUCGUUUACCAAGUCUCUAUUAGGUAAUUCCUGGUUACAAGCUAUUGAUGAAGCAAAGCAAAAGCAUAUUCUUGCACUAAUAUUAGCAAAAAUGUUGCUAGAAAAAUAUGAUUGGAGCUAUAGUAGUACAGAUCACAUUGUGUCAAAUCCACUAAUACAAGCAUCAAAACAUAAAAUUGAUGAGUUAGUGGUGGAAAUUUUGCAAAAAUACCCUGAAGUUGUGGAGACAUUGGAUGAAAAAAAGAGGAACAUAUUGCAUAUAGCAGCAGAACAUAAAAACAGAUUUUUGUUUGAUUAUUUGCUCAAAAAAGUGGCUAGUCAAAACAGGAUGUUGGCUGAUAUUGAUGAAAAUGGGAAUACAAUAUUGCAUUAUGCAGCAAAUGUUGGGACACCAUUUUUUACAUCAACUACAGAGCAUAUUGAAAGUGUAUGGUGUGUGAUGUCUGUGUUAAUGAUGAUGUGGGGAGUACUUUGGUUUAAGUAUAUAAAAUACAACAUGCAUCCGCGCCUUUGGGACGUUAAAAACUCAGAAGGCUUAAAAGCAGAAGAGAUAUUUGAGAAAAACCAUUUACACGUACGAAAGGAAGCAGAGACAGCAGUUAGAAAUCUAUCAAAUUCUACACUAGUACUUUCUACUCUCCUUUGUACCAUCAACUUUGCCGCGAUUUUCACAGUCCCCGGAGGUUUUGAAGAGAGAACUGGCCUACCUAUUCUCCUUGACAAAGUUCAACAAGAACUAUGGAUGUUGAUGUUUUACUUAGGUGCAGCACUUUUUAGUUCAGUAUUCACUAUGGGUACACUCUUAUCAUUUCUUCUUUGCAAAUUUUAUAGCAAUGAUUUCUACAUUUCAUUGCCUAUAAAGAUCAUAAUUGCUAUUAUUUCAAUCUUUUAUGCCACAGCAUUUACAAUAGUAGCCUGCCUUCAAGCACUUAACCUUGAGAAUAUAUUCUUGAACAAAGAUGUUUGGUGGCUUAUUAUAGCAGUUGUAGCUGUUGGUUUUAUUAUGACUCUUAUUUAUGUAGAUUUGACAUUCCCUGUCUUUGAUUAUAUGUAUUAUUUGGUUUCUUAUUCAUUCUUUGUAUCCUAUAAGAGAGGACAUAUGUAAGUUGA